AUGAUACGGCAGCAGCUCAUUGGUCUUUCCUUAAUUCCGCCUUCGAUCUUUGGAUUCGUUUCUAAUUGGACAAUCGUCAUCAUUGUUAUUCGCUACCGUAAUCUCCAUCGAUCAUUUGCAAUUCUGACAGCCACACUUGCAUUUUUAUAUGCAAUCUGCUCAACAUUUGAUUUGUUUUUCGUCAGCCCAAUGAUAAUUUUAAAUCUACAAUUUUUAAAAGAAUACUCAGCUAUCUGUGGAUCCUAUUGGGUCCUGGCAUAUGAUGCUACAUCCCAAUUCCACUUGGUUGUUUCCAUAAACCGAUUCAUAGCAGUGUUCGCUCCACUAUCUUAUAGCACAUAUUUCAAUCCACGGACCACUAAAAUUUCCAUAGCAUUUCUUUUCGCUCUCUCCGCAACUUUAGUAGGUGUGUACAUAUUUGGAGCUGAAUGCUCAUUUUCAUUUAAUGAUGACCGCUGGGCUUUCUUGAUAACUGAAUCAGAAAAGUGUGAUAUUCUGGGAUGGGCAAUGCUAUGGGGAAAGGGUUUGACAUUGUCAGUGAUUGAUGUUAUCCUUCACAUUGUUACGUUUAUUCGAAUAUUCUGGAUGAAACGUAGUACGUUCGGUCAGACUGUCUUUAUGUCAAUUGAGAUUGUUGCCUACAUAUUUCCGGCUGAAAAAAUGCAAAAAGAUUACAUCGCAUUCCUGUGUUCCUCGUUUCUCUGGUGCACAAUCCAUGCUGCCGAAGGAGUAAUCACUCUUAUUUACAAUUCUGAAAUUCGCAGAAAAUUUCGAAAACGGAAGAUUAGCUACCGAAUCUCAGCGGUCAAGAGAAAUUCAGUUUUAAAAAAAGUAAAAACAGACAAAAGAAACAUGCAGGAUCCACAAUUCGUUGGACUCUCACUUUUUCCAAUUUCAUUGUUUGGGAUGGUUUUUAAUUGGUUAGUAACUAUCAUUAUUAUCAAGGAGAAGACCAUUUUCAGUCCUUUUAUGUUAUUGACCCUGGUGAAGUCAUUUUGUGACGCUUGCUAUGUUACCAUAUAUUUUUUCUAUAUCACUCCGAUGAUAGUACUAGCCAACAAGUUUCUGAUUCAUCAUUCGAAUCAUGCUGGAUACGCUCUUAUAGUCUUCUACGAAAUCUCAAUUCAUAUUCAUUUUCUGACAUCGUUCAAUCGAUUCAUAGCUGUUUUCGUCCCAUUUUCCUACAAAAAUAUGUUCAGCAUACGUUCCACUUCACUUUACUUGAUUGUCAUUUCAGUGUUAUCUUUUACAAUGAUGACUGUAGUAAUCUAUGGGCUUGGAUGUGAACUAGAGUACAAUCCUGUCACAUGGGUAUCUUUUUAUGAUACCACUAUCCCUGUGUGUGGUUUUUAUGCUAUUUACUUGGAUUUUAUGAAAAACAUGAUAGUGGUUUCCGCUGAUUUUAUUAUCGAUGUUGUCACCAUAUUGAAAGUUCAGAAGAUGAGAAAAAAGUUUCGAGAGGGAAAAAGAUCAGAAAAUUACACGAAGAAGGAGGCAGACUUUUUGAAACAAACAUUCGGUCAGGGAAUCUGCUACCUUAUGGGUUACGCAUCUUAUCUGAUGGUUCCGGAAAUGAAUUCCAACAAAUACGUGGCAUUUUUCAUGUCAUUGGUCAGCUGGGAUCUUAUUGCAACCAUUGAUGGAAUGUUCACAAUCGUGUAUAACGCCGAAAUUCGGAAUCGGAUUUUCAAGUCAAGCGUUACAACUGCAGCAGGGUCUACAGUUGUUUCUGUAAAUAAUUAA